AGACACCUGCUUUCAUGAUUCCAUGAAACCUGUUUAAAGCAUACCAACAGAAAAAAAAUCGGCAAAAACGAAAGAAAUCACAACCGCUUGUAUUGUGUACAGCUCCUGGACCCGGCAUCGCAUGCCAAGCACGGGCGAGACGCCGCGACAGGUCGACCCGCGACCUGAGUUGGUAAAUUGACACCACCACAUUCUGGUUGCAGGCCCGAGACGGUGUUCUGCCACACAUGCCCCAAAAGUUGUAUUCGUGAGGAAAACUUCACAGCUGCGUAGGUACCCUUAUACUAUCAUAGGGAAAAUGGCGUCCCGAGGUAGUGUGAUGUUGGUCGGGCUGUGUUUGUUCUAUCUGAGUGGCUGCGGAGGGCAAGGGAGUUAUAAUGAGUCGAAAGCCGACUUACAAGCCCAGCAGCACAGCGGCCGGCACAAACUACUUGCUUACCUGUUGGGUCUCUACAAUCCUCUGGUCAUUCCGCGGACGCCUGUGAACGUCACCUAUAGCAUGGUUCUCACCGGUGUGGAUGGUGUGGACGAGAAGGAAGGUAUCCUACGGAUUUCUACUAUUCAACGCAUCAAAUGGUUUGAUCAUCGUUUCCAGUGGGAUCCAUCCGAGUACCAUGGAAUCCAGUGGGUAAAUCUACCAGCAAAGAAACUCUGGGGCCCGGACCUCAGACCUCAUGCACAAAUUUUGGAGGAGGAGGAAGUGAACUUGCGUAUCCAUUCCGGCGGAACCAUCUAUCAUUACCCUCCAAUGCGACUGGCUGUCCCGUGUGAAAUGCACUUUGCUUACUACCCGUUCGACAGCCACUCGUGCUCCUUGAAGGUGGAAUCCUGGAGCUACGACGGCAAUAUGAUCAACCUCACCUUACCUGAUUAUCCGGCGGCUGAACUGGCGACCCAUGAACAGCCCAAUAACCAAUGGAAAGUACAAUCCUUCACGGCGGACAGGCAUGUGGUGAAGUACGUGUGCUGCGAAGAGACGUGGGUUAGCCUAACGUUCAACAUCAUGUUGCAGCGUCAAGUCCGGGAGUAUACAGUUCGCGUACUGGCGCCUUCUGUUGUCACCUCUCUCCUCAUCCUGCUGUGUUUCCUCAUCCCUCCUCACUGUGGCGAGAGAAUCCUCUUUGUCUCCAUCUUGCUCCUUUGCAUUCUCCUCCAGCUCUUCCACCUCAACCUCACCGUACCCAUCCGUGGCCCGGACGCACCAUAUCUUGCCGACUUCCUCUGCUUCAGCGUUUUCUUGGCCUUCUUCUCAGUCGUCGAGAGUGUGUUGUCUUUGAAUCUGUCUCGAGGUGUAAGUGAGAGUAGGAAGAGUGACUGUCGUGAGGAUACAGAAGAGUUUGGUAUACAAGCCAAGACCAGUACUGGAAUGACGCGAAUCGCUCGCUUCAUCGAUGUAGGCUGCUUCAUGGUCUUCUCCUUCAUCUUUGCAGUCGCUGGGGGCGUCAUCCUCAAUCCAUAGUAGGCUUUUCUUGGGCCACGUCAUCACAGGCGGAGGUUUUGUCCACCAUUGGUUGACAAAAACUCUGUACGUGUAUGGGUUGCUGAUACCACAGACCAUGCUUGGUAACAUUCUCCUUCUCUGGCGGUUCGGGCCAUUACCAGCUUCCAAAGCCUAGCCAGUCACAAACAUACCAAGUCUUGUUUAAGAUUGGAUAAGCACAUUUUCUUAUUGUAGAAUACUUAUUAAUGUUCAGAGUGUAUUAUUAUGCAUGCGUGGCCUGAUGGUCACAUACACCAAUGCAUCGUCGAUGAUCUCAAGAAGUAUUUAAAAAAGAACCUAGAAAACUCUAUAUUUUUUCGAUUUUGUGUUUUUGCGGCACAGUAUUACAGCAGAAUGCUGUUUACUUUUUUUUCGUAAAUAAACAUUUGACAAAAGCUCGGUCUCUAGGAUUUUUGGUCUCACGAAGUGAUAAAAACUUCCUCUGUACCAGGGCAAAAUAGAGAUUAAACACAGAUCUGGUCGCAUCAAGAUGUUAAAUGCAACAACAUUAUCUUCCCACGCGUAUAAUCUAGUGAAGUGACAAACACGUUUGUUUAUGAAUCACUAUUUAAAAAAAUUAAAACAAAUCUACAAAUGAGUGUGGAUUAGCAUUUUAAAACCUUACUUUGCAUGACUAGGCAACAAUUCCACAGUCCGUAAAACAGAAGUGGUCGAAAAUUUGUAGGAUGAAAUAGGUUAUAUUUUACAACGCAUUUUUCCCGGAUGUCUGCUCUGCUCGAAAGGGAGGUUUUUGUCACUUUCUGAAAUCAUCGACGGUAUGUGCGUGUACAUGGCAUAGAUUGUUGUUGUUCGCGCCUGGAACACAGCCAUUUUUAGCUUUUGCUAUGAGCCCCGAGUUGGACCAAGCGAGGACGCAAGCUCCUUUGGUAGGAACCUUUGGUAGAAGACCAUAAAAGCCUCCUUUCACAGUUCACUUAAGAGCAUUUAUUCGUAUUUGUUUUCCUUUUAUCCCUUUCAGUUUUCAGACACUUUUGUUCUUUGAUUAAAAAGUUUCCACUCGUAUGUUUCACGUUUCUCUGUGUAGCAAGGUUGUACGCAGGUUUAUUAAUAAAUGGAUGGAUCCUCAGAAGUGCAGCAGCA